AUGCCCACCCCUGAAGCAGAGGGCAACAUAACCCAAGCAGACCCGGGAGCUCCACAGGCUGCCCAGCCCCAAGGGCACAAGGCAGACCCCAUGGAGGCAACUGUGCCAGCUGCCCCUGGCAGAGGGAAGGAUGAGCAUGGGCAGGAGAAGGAUCUGGCUGCUUCCCUGGCUCAGCAUGGAGAGUUGGCAGAGCCUGGGAAGGAGAAGCCUGGAGAAGAGGCUGGAGAAGGGAAGGCAGAGCUGGCCCCAGCUGCUCCAGUGCCCUGGGAUGCAGGGAAGGCAGAGGAGGAGGCUUCAGCUGCACAGCACCGUGGAGGGCAAGGAGCAUCCCCAGAGGAGGUGCCAGCUGCUACCAAGGCCCAGGAUGGAGGCAAGAAUGAGCCUGGGAAGGAGAAAGCCCCAGCUGCAGGAGAGCCUGCAGGAGGGGAGAGAGCAGCCGUGGAAGAGAAGGCUCCAGCCGGUGCCAAGGCUCAGGAUGGAGGGAAGGAGAAGCCCAAGGCAGAGAAGGCUUCAGCUGCAGGAGAGUGCAAAGGAGAGCAGGCAGUGCCUGCAGGAGGGAUGGCUCCAGAUGCUGCCGGGGCUCAGGAUGGAGGAAACAAUGAGCCCAGGAAGGAGCAAACCCCGGAGGGUGGUGGGAAAGCAAAGCCCCUGGAGAAGAAAACUCUGGCUGCAGAGGGGGCUGAAGGAGGGAAGGCAAAGUCCGUGCAGGAAGAGGCUGAAGCACAGGCUGGAGAUGGAGGCAAGGAAGAACCCCCAAAGGAGAAGGUUCCAGCUGCUGGAAAAGCUCAGGAUGCAGGGAAGAAAACUGUGAAGGCAGAAAAAGCUCCAGCUGAUAAAAGAGCUGCAAAGGAGAAGGGCCCAGGUGCUGCCCAGGCUCAGGAUGGGCAGAAGGCAACAGCCAAGGCAGAAAAAGCUCCAGCUGCAAAACAACCUCAAGACAGAAUCAAGGAGGAGCCUGCAAGGGAGAAGGUUCCAGCUCCUGCCGAGGCUCAGGGUGACAAAAAUAAAGUGGCAAAGGCAGAGAAAGCUCCAGCUGCAAAAAAGGCUGAAGGUGGAGGCAAGGAAGAAGCUACAAAUAAGAAGAUCUCGGCUCCUGCCAAGGACAAGCCCCCAGAUUCUGCCAAGGCUCAGGAUGGAGAGAAGGCAGCAGCCAAGGCAGAGAAAAGCUCAGCUGCAAGGAAGCCUCAAGAUGGAAGCAAAGAGCCUGAGAAAGAGCAGGUUCCAGCUCCUGCAGAGGCUCAGCUUGGAGAGAACAAAGAGCCAAAGGCAGAAAAAGCCUGCAAAGAGGCUGCGAAGAAGCCUCCAGAUGGAGGCAAAGAAGAACCUGCGAAGGAGAAGCUCCCAGCAGCUGCCAAGGUGGCAAAACCCACGGUGGCAGCAAAGGCUGAGGGUCGAGGCAAAGAGGAGCCUGCAAAGAAGGUCCUAGCAGCUGCCAAGGAGAAGGCCUCGGCUGCUGGGGAUGGAGGGAAGGAAGAGGCAGAGGUGGAGCCUCCCCCAGCUGCAGCAGAGGCUGGCGAUGGAGGCCAGGAGGCCACAGAGGCAGCAAAGGUGGAGGAGGAGCAACAGCAGCCAAAGGGCACUGAGCCUCCUCGCCCGUCUCUGCUGCAGAGCCUGAGCUGCCCAGCUGCCUGCCAAAGGGAGGAGCAUCCCUGGACGGAGGUGAUGGAGAUGAUUCCGGAGGAGACCACAGUGGUGGAGCCAAGAGAGGGUCUGGCAGAGCCUGGCCCUGCCCCACCAGCCCUGGGGGACCUGCAGCCCUCCAGCACCCUCCAGGAGAGGACAUUGCCCAGUGCCACGGGGCAGCCUGGCCCUGAGGGGCAGCCACCCUCCGUGGAGGCUCAGCCACCCCCCAGCCCCUACCUCACCCCUGACUUUGGGAAGGAAGACCCCUCUGAGAUACUGGAUGAUGUCCCUCCUCCUCCAGCACCCUUUGCCCACCGCAUCGUCACCCUGCGCUCUGCCACCGUCAGCUCCCAGUUCAACCUUGACUCCAAGGACAUCCUGGGAGGGGGGAAGUUUGGCGAGGUCCACACCUGCACGGAGAAGCAGACAGGGCUGAAGCUGGCAGCCAAAGUGAUCCGGAAGCAGGGCGCCAAGGACAAGGAGAUGGUGCUGCUGGAGAUCGAUGUGAUGAACCAGCUGAACCACCACAACCUCAUCCAGCUCUACGAUGCCAUCGAGACUCCUCGGGAGAUCAUCCUCUUCAUGGAGUUCAUCGAGGGCGGGGAGCUCUUCGAGAGGAUCAUCGACGACGACUACCACCUGACAGAGGUGGACUGCAUGGUCUUCGUGCGGCAGAUCUGCGAGGGCAUCCGCUUCAUGCACCACAUGCACGUCCUCCACCUCGACCUCAAGCCUGAGAACAUCCUCUGCGUGGCUGCUGUGGGGCACAUGGUGAAGAUCAUUGACUUUGGGCUGGCUCGAAGGUACAACCCCCAGGAGAAGCUGAAGGUGAACUUUGGCACCCCUGAAUUCCUCUCCCCAGAGGUGGUCAACUACGAGCAGGUCUCCUACGCCACGGACAUGUGGAGCUUGGGCGUCAUCACCUACAUGCUGCUCAGUGGCCUCUCCCCUUUCCUGGGUGACAAUGACACUGAGACGCUCAACAACGUCCUGGCUGCCAACUGGUACUUUGAUGAGGAGACCUUUGAGAGUGUCUCUGAUGAGGCCAAGGACUUCGUCUCAAACCUCAUCAUCAAAGAGAAGAGCGGCCGGAUGAGCGCUGCGCAGUGCCUGGAGCACCCCUGGCUCAACAACCUGGCCGAAAAGGCCAAGCGCUGCAACCGCCGCCUCAAGUCCCAGGUGCUGCUCAAGAAAUACGUCAUGAGGCGGCGCUGGAAGAAAAACUUCAUCGGCGUGUGCGCUGCCAACCGCUUCAGGAAGAUCACCAGCUCGGGCUCGCUGACGGCUUUGGGUGUCUGA